AUGGAAACUGAUCAACGUACGAGGUUGUUCCGUUUACCAUUCAAAUUUCCAAAUUUUGCAGGUUUAAGAAAGAUAUCAGUGUAUUUAUCAGGGGUAUUUUAUGCACUGGGGUUUUGGUUCUUCUUAGAUGCAGUAAUAUACUCAAAACACGCAAAUGCAUCUGAUGUUCAUGUUACAUUUAUCGAUUGGAUUCCAUUCUUAUGUAGCAUUUUUGGGACGUUGAUCGUGAACUCUAUUGAGAAGAACACCCUAUUACAGGGGGCACUAUCUAAUGGUGGGGGGAUGAGUUCAUUUGCAGGUAGUGAUUUGGAUUCUGCAAUGGCAUGGCAAGCCCGUGCUGUGCUGUUCUUUGGAUUUGCACUAUUAGCAGGUGGAUUAUCUGGCUCGAUAGUGGUUCUCAUCAUAAAAUUUCUGGCUAAGGAUUAUAACACUUAUCCAACAGUUGGAAUGGGUGUGAACAAUGUCCUUGGCAAUUUCUUUAUCCUAUUGAGCUGCGUUGUGUUGUGGAUUGCGCAGAACAUGGAGGAUGAAUAUUCAUAUUCAUUAACUCUUUAG